AUGGCCGACGAUUACGGAAACAACGAAAGAGGUAAAAAACGGAAGAAAAAACGGUCUCACGUUCAGAUGGCGAAAAAAUUGGCCCGACGAAGAAACCACGGAUACUCGAACGUCGAUGGCGAAACGUAUCAGUACAUGGUGCAUAUUUUGGAAUUGAUGAAAAGCGAUUUCUCUACCACCGAGGAGAAAUUGAUAUUUGUAAAUAACGUGUACGAACAAACUGUCGGCCACGAACUCGAAUACGCCCAGAAUCAGGUUGGAUCCAGGAUAUUGGAUUCGCUCUUAAAGUACGCGAGCUUGGAGACGAUUCAGAGGUUAGUUGCCGCUUUUCAAUCCUCUUUACGAAUUCUAAGUAGCGACAGGUUCGCUAGCCACGUUCUGCAGAAGAUCAUAGUGGUCUGCGCCGACAGAGGAAACAGAGGCACGCUUUCGAAAUCGUGCCCCGAGCAGGAUGCAGAUGUCAGUAUAGAGGUUAAGGAGCUGGAAGUGGACUCUUACAACGACAUCGUGUUGAAGUUAAGUAAAUAUUUUAUUAACAACAGAGAGGAAUUUGUAUUUGAUACGUAUGCGAAUCAUGUUUUAAGAACUGUCAUAGAGUGUCUUGGUGGUCUGAUCGAUAAGCCUGAUAACAGCAUCGACAAGAGAAAGCUGAUACUUGGCGAAAAACGACCAGUCGUACAGAACUACAAAGACUUAUUGUAUGAAACGUGCAACAGAUUGUACAACUGGCCUAGGCUCCUGGAAUUUGGUCAAGACGAGUUUACAUCUGGAUUGUUACAAAGCACCUUGUAUUCUUUGAACGAUGUAUUCCCAGAAAUGGUGGAAGCAUACAUCAAGAAAAUUACAAACGAAUGCUUCAAACCAAAGAAAGAGGAGCAACAGUUGCCCAACAUUUUUCAAAGGGAAAGUUCAGUCAGAUUGCUGGAGGCUUGUCUAUCGGUAGCAAGUCCCAAAUGUUGGUACACGAUGUACGAAGAAUAUUUUUCACACAAUUUGAAACAGUUGUUGUUGAUGCGAGGCACAAAUUUCAGCGUGCAGCGACUAUUCGAUCACUGCAACGUAAAGGAACACUUUGAACAAUUAUUCGAAGAAAUUCACUCGUAUUUCCCCGACAUCCUCGACAGGGGUUACACUGGUGUUUUAGUCAGCGUAGCGAACGCGUGUUUAAAGUUACAAACGAAGCAAGGUGCAUUUGUAACUGAACUAUUGAACGUUCUUGAUUGCGAAGCGAAGAACGAGGAACAGCAUCGAAUAUUAGCGUGUAUAAUUAGCCUAAAAAAGUUUGAAAAUUGUGAGACUUCUGAAGCGAAAACGAGAAAUGAUUCGAGAUGUUUGAUCAGCUUACAUGGAAGUCUGAUCGUACAGGCCAUUCUUAAGUUUAACAAACCUAUAAAGAUGGUCAAUUCCUUGUUGGAAACAAAUGAGGAGAAAAUAGUGCAGAUAUUCGAGGAUCCAAAAGGCAGUCGCAUCGUAGAUGCUUUCAUGGACAGCAAAUACGUUGGUGAGAAAAGCAGGGAGAAGCUUGCGAAAAAGUUGAAAGGAUACUGGUCACAAUUAGCUAAGAGCACGCACGGUUCCAGAAUCUUGGACAGAAUAUGGGUUUGGGCAUCUAUAAAUCAGAGAACUUUGAUCAUGGAAGAAUUAGCAGAAGUCGGAGAGUCUUUACGUUCGACUAUGUCUGGACAAAUUAUGUACAACAAAUUAAACGUCCCGCUGUUUGUGAGAAACAGGAAUGACUGGAAGGAAGCAUUGGGAAAGGAAGAAAAGACGAGAGUUCUUUUUGCAAAUAUAAUAGGAGACACGAUGAAGAAGAAGAAGAAGAAGAAGUAA